AUGCGUGCUACGAGCGCCAAUACAAGAGACGCACACAAAUCAGACCUGUCGCUGACUUGUUGGCCAUCAUCCUCCGUUCUCGCCGGCGCUGCACAGGCAUAUGGAGAAGGAGGAUCGGCGGGUGAUCGGCGGGUCGAGUCGAUCAAGGUGCUGGAGGAUCACGCGAUCACGUCUGCCUUGACAACUCUGGUGCAAGCGAUCCUGGAAAAGGUGAGGCAAAAACUUCUUCUUUCCGCUCAUCUUCUUAUCCAUGUCGUGAGCAAGUAGCUGAUCUCGCCGCACUGCACUGCAGGCUUCAACUUCGAACCGAAUUCUCGUCGUGUGCGGGGGGGCUUCAAAUGCGAUAAUUCGGACCUCGCGGGUUCAGGUGGCCUCCAAGAACGACUGCGUCGAUGCUGUCGGCCUCUUCCCACACGCGAACACGCCGGAGAUGGUCGAGGCGUGGAAGAUGGGCGAUGCGACGAGACAAUCGUGGGAGGCACAGCAUAAACGCCGGAUUCACGACGAUCGCCUUAUGGACGACGUCUACAUCGUCAAGCGUCAAGGAGCUCAAGGUGAGUAA